AAAAUCAAGCGGCGUUUGCAAGAAAAACAUUUCAUUUUUUAUUAAUUUAUAAAUUUAUGCGAAAUUUUGUGAAAAAAAGUUGUUAAAUCAUGAGUGCUGGUAAUAUGUUAUAUGGUGGUGACGAAAUUGGUGCACUAGUCUUCGAUCCAGGUCAUCAUUCGCUUAGAGUAGGCUAUGCUCAAGAGGAUACACCAAAAGCUGAAAUUCCCUCGGUUGUGGGAGUGGGACCUCAGUCUCCCGAUACUAAUAUGGACUUGGAAACCAAAACAGAUAAUAAUAUAACACAAAACAAUGCUGAUACCCACAAAUACUAUGUAGACACCACCUACAUAAAUGUUCCACGUUCCAAUAUGGAAAUUCAAACAUAUAUGAAAGAUGGCAUGAUUGACAAUUGGGAUCUAUUCGAAAAGGUAAUUGACUAUGCCUAUGCCAAAGUCAUACAGUCUGAACCGGAAUAUCAUCCGGUCUUAUUUUCGGAAGCCUCAUGGAAUGUGCGCAACAAUCGUGAAAAGCUGACAGAGUUAAUGUUUGAAAAAUAUAAUGUGCCCGCUUUCUUUUUGGUAAAAAAUGCCGUAUUGGCGGCUUUUGCUAGUGGUCGAGCCACCGCUUUGGUGGUGGACAGUGGAGCAACCCAUACCUCAGCAGUACCCGUGCAUGAAGGUUAUGUUUUGUCACAGGCUGUGGUGAAAUCACCUCUCGGCGGUGAUUAUUUAUCCAUGCAGUGUCGUCAACAUUUAGAAAAGGCUGGCAUUGACUUGACCCCAGCCUAUAAUAUUGCUUCCAAAGAUGUGGUUAAGGAACGUGAUACACCACGUUUUACCACACGUAAACUGCCCGAAAAUCUCACACAAUCUUGGCAAAAUUAUAUGAUGAAAUCUUUGUUACAAGAUUUCCAAAUGAAUAUAUUGCAAGUUUUGGAAAAUCCCUUUGACGAGAGAGUCGCCUCUCAGAUACCCAUGGUACAUUAUGAAUUUCCUAAUGGUUAUCAUCAGGAGUUCGGUUCAGAACGUUUUAAGUUGGCGGAAAGUUUAUUCGAUCAUGCUCCUUUGGGUGCUGGCCAGUUGGCUUCGACUAGUGUGGGCAUGUGUGAUGCUGAUGUGCGUCUAUCAUUAUACGGUUCGGUGGUGGUAACAGGUGGCAAUACAUUGCUUCAAGGUUUUCCUGAAAGAUUAAAUCGUGAUCUACAAUUACGUGCUCCCUCCAAUACACGACUGAAAAUGAUUUCGGCCAAUGGCAGUGUAGAAAGACGAUUUGGUGCUUGGAUAGGUGGCUCAAUACUAGCAUCAAUUGGCACAUUCCAACAAAUGUGGAUAUCUUCGCAAGAGUAUGAAGAAUCUGGCAAAAGUCAAGUAGAACGUAAAUGUCCCUAAAUUAAUCGUAAAAUUAACAAAAACAACAAAUCUUUUAUGCAAACAAAAAUUAAAAUACAAAUAACUUUAAGUUGAAGACUACAGAUCAUUAAAACAAUCACAACUAAAUCAAACAGGUAAUUGAGUUGAAAGGACAUUUAAUUUUUAUUUGGUUUAUUAGAAAUUGAAAAAUUAAAUGCAUUUCGUGAAUACUUGAAAAUUAAA